AUGCCAAACUGCCCUCGUUGUAACAAACCCGUCUACUUCGCUGAACGAGUCACGUCCAUCGGAAAGGAUUGGCACAGGCCGUGCUUGCGAUGUGAGAAUGAGGCCUGCAAGAAGACCCUUGCCGCCGGAAGUCAUUCAGAGCGUGACGGAAAGCCAUACUGCAACCGGUGCUAUGGCGCACUGUUUGGACCUCGAGGCUAUGGACACGGUGGAGUUGAGUCACACACAUUCCAUCAUGGACAAACUGGCAAGGUUUAA